UAAUGAGUUUGAUGCAGUGAUGGAACAGAUUGGUUUUGGAAAGGUUCAUUGCUAUAUUAUGCUUACUUUGGGCUUGCUACAGAUGUUAACCAUACACGAAACAAUGGGAAUGGGUAUUAUUGCACCUUCCGCGGUAUGCGAUCUUCGUAUGAGUCUUGUACAGUUGUCGACAAUAACAGCUGCGGCUUUUUUGGGUAUCAUAUGCUCUUCCUACUUCUGGGGCUAUAUUACGGAUAAAAUGGGUCGUCGAUGGAUUUUAUUACACACUAUAUCCAUUAGUAAUUUUUGUUCAAUAAUUUCAAUGUUUAUGGUCAGCUUUACCAGCUUUUUUGUAAUGCGAUUCCUCACAGGUAUAUUUGUUGCUGGUCCCAGCUUUGUAGCUGUUACGUAUCUCAGCGAGUUUUGCAACAAACAAAUUUUAGCACGCGCUGUAACACACAUGUAUAUGUUUACAGGCUUUGCAAUGUUUUACUGUCCAUCGUGGGCCACUCUCUUUCUUUCCUCAAGUUUCAUGGAUUUCGAGCUGGCUUUAGUGGGUAGACUAACAUUUCGUCCUUGGAGACUUCUCGGGUGCUUGUUUAUGUUACCGGGGGUUAUAGCUUUGGUUUUAUUACUUCACAUGCCUGAAAGUCCUAAAUUUCUAUUUAUGAUUGGUGAUACAAAGCGUGCAUUAGCAGUUAUGGAUUGGAUAAGCAUAAAAAACACAGGCCUUCCUUUAAGUGCUGAUCAGGUAGAGUUAAUGCAAAAAUUUCAGGAAUCGUCUGACGUUAGACGCCACAAACGGUCUAGUAACCUUAUGCAAACUAUGCUUAAUGACGCCAUGCCGCUGUUUCGCAAACCCUAUGUUGGCUUUUAUGUUGGAAGUUGCUCAGUUAUGUUUAGUCUUGGAUUAGUCGCCAACGGCUUAGGUAUUUGGUUUACGGCAAUGCGAAAUCGAUCUAAUAUGCGUCUGGAUAGCAAAGCUGAUAUGACAUUUUGUAAAAUUCUCUUUAGCACGAGACCAAACGAUAUUGAAGAUAGUGAGCCGGACCUGAUUGUUGCUUGUAACGAUGGGUUUAUAGGUUUCAAUGAUUCACUUAUAUUAGGACUCACUUAUAUAAUUCUGUACAACAUUUGUUGGUUUAUGCUUUUUUUUUUACCUCGCAAAGCGAUGUUCAUAGCUGCAUUAGUCAUUUCAUCCUCCUGCGGAUUUGCACUAAUUUUUGUGACUGACCGCUGGUUACAGCUUUUUUGUUUUGUCCUAUUUAUCUCUCUACCUGGUGUUGUCAUUAGCUUGUUGGGUGGUGCACUCCUUGAGUUUGUACCAACAUAUUUGCGUGCUAAGGCGUUGUGCAUUAGUUUGAUGUGGUGUCGCUGGGGCGCAGUAGUUGGAACAACUAUCGUGGGUAUCUAUGUUGAAAAAAGUUGUGAGAUGACCAUUCUUGUUAUUGCCAUAUUUCCGAUGCUUUCAGCCAGCAUUGAGGGCUUUUUACCGCUUUAGAAGGUUAACUAAAUUUAUAAU